GCUAUACAUAAUAUAAAUUAAAUUUUUUUAUUGUAGUUAUAAAGAUUAAUUUUGUUAAAUAAUUUAUUUAUUCAUUCCCAUGAAUUUUAGUGAAUGUUCGCAGUAAGCCAUUUGAAUUUGCAUUGAUAAUUUCCAUAAAAACGAAAAAAGAAUUUGCAUUGAUCACAGUCGUCGUCGUCGUCAGUAAAAGAGUCUCAGUCAUUCACAAACAAUUAACAAUGGCACCGUCUUUCACAAACGGCGGCUCAUCCGUUGACACGGUGGUUCCUCCUUCGGUCACCGGCCGAUUCGCUUCCGUUUACAGCGAAGUUCAAAACAGUCGUAUCUUCCACACUCUCCCUCUUCCCUCCGUUCUAAAAACCCAUUUCAAGAUUAUCGAUGGUCCUCUAAGCUCCGCUGCUGGCAAUCCUGAUGAAAUCGCGAAACUGUUUCCGAAUCUGUUCGGCCAACCGUCGGCGGUGCUGGUUCCGAGUGGUUCGGACACGGUGCAACCUAAUCAAAAGCUGAAGAUUGGUGUAGUUUUGUCCGGUGGUCAAGCUCCUGGAGGUCACAAUGUGAUUUCUGGAAUUUUCGAUUACCUACAAGACAGAGCAAAAGGUAGCACAUUGUAUGGUUUCAGGGGUGGUCCUGCAGGAAUCAUGAAGUGCAAAUACGUUGAACUCACCUCAGAAUAUAUUUAUCCUUAUAGAAAUCAGGGUGGCUUUGACAUGAUUCGCAGUGGGCGGGACAAGAUUGAAACUCCAGAACAGUUUAAACAAGCUGAAGAAACAGUUCUCAAGCUAGACUUGGAUGGGCUUGUUGUUAUUGGUGGAGAUGACUCAAACACAAAUGCAUGCCUCCUUGCUGAGUAUUUCAGGAGCAAAAAUAUUAAAACUUGUGUGGUCGGGUGCCCUAAAACCAUUGAUGGUGAUUUGAAAUGCAAAGAAGUGCCCACUAGUUUUGGGUUUGAUACUGCAUGCAAGAUCUAUGCAGAAAUGAUUGGAAAUGUUAUGAUUGAUGCUCGAUCAACAGGAAAAUAUUACCACUUUGUGCGGCUUAUGGGGCGUGCAGCUUCACACAUUACACUGGAAUGUGCUUUACAAACUCAUCCAAACAUUACUAUUAUUGGAGAAGAGGUUGCUACUAAGAAGCUGACACUGAAGAAUGUCACUGACUAUAUUGUGGAUAUCAUUUCUAAAAGAGCUGAGGCAAAUUAUAACUAUGGGGUCAUUCUUAUACCUGAAGGUCUAAUUGAUUUCAUUCCUGAGGUCCAACACCUUAUUUCUGAACUCAAUGAAAUUCUGGCUGAUGAUACUGUGGAUGAGGGUGGGUUAUGGAAGAAGAAACUCACUGAUCAGUCAUUAAAGCUUUUUGAAUUUUUACCUCGACCAAUUCAAGAGCAAUUAAUGCUUGAAAGAGAUCCACAUGGAAAUGUUCAGGUUGCUAAGAUAGAAACAGAGAAAAUGUUUAUUCAAAUGGUUGAAACUGAGUUGGAGAAGAGAAAGCAAGAAGGCACAUAUAAAGGCGGAUUUAAAGGGCAGUCUCACUUUUUCGGCUAUGAAGGGAGAUGUGGCUUGCCAACUAAUUUUGAUUCUACUUAUUGCUAUGCAUUGGGUUAUGGUGCUGGUGCCCUCCUUCAAAGUGGGAAGACUGGAUUGAUAUCAUCAGUUGCGAAUUUGUGCAAUCCAGUAGAAGAGUGGACUGUUGGUGGAACUGCACUCACCUCACUAAUGGACGUGGAGAGGAGACACGGUAAAUUCAAGCCUGUGAUUAAGAAAGCAAUGGUGGAGCUUGAAGGGGCACCGUUCAAAAAGUUUGCCUCCUUGCGGGAUGAGUGGGCCCUAAAGAAUUGCUACACCAGUCCAGGUCCGAUUCAAUUCACUGGCCCAGGAUCUGAUGCAAUUAGUCACACUCUACUCUUGGAGCUUGGUGCGCAAGCUUAGGCGUGCUAUGAGUAUUCGUUUUGAUGGUGGCAAAUAUAAUAAACCGGAGAUCAUAUAGGGCUCGUGUUUCUGUUGAACUUUUUUAGUGUAAUUAUGUGAGAAGAAUGUCAAUAGGUAUAUAUAAUCAAUCAAAAGUUUAAAAAACAUGAAGAAAAUACAAUAAAGCUUUUGCUUAAAUUACUUCAUAGUUGUCUUAUGCCUGUUAAGCUGGCUAAUAUGUAAAGUUGAGGUUCAUAAUUCAUUUUUGGGAUUAUUUCUUUGCAUUA